AUGCAGAAAAGCAGCGGUGUCGGCGACUCGUCAUCGGGCUCGUCAACUCCAACAGAGCCGUCGCAAUGGCAUGAAAUCUCCAAGGAAGAAGGUCCAGAGCCCGAGGUGCUCACAAAGCACGAUGGAAAAGAAGAUGUCAAUAUCGAAAGAGUAGACACAGUAUCAACGCGAACCGGCGUCUUCUCAAAACUCAACUCAUUGUCGAGACGCAAAACGAAGCAGGAAGAAGAUGCUCCACCUGCACCCAUUCCCGUCACAGACCUCGAAAAGGGCAUCGUCGGCUGGGAAAGCCAGCAAGACCCCGAUAUGCCUCUCAACUUCUCCCAGAGCCGCAAGUGGCUCAUCACUCUUCUUAUGUCGGCCAUCACCUUCAUGACGCCGUUCGCUUCGUCGAUUCUGGCACCCUCGCUGGCGGCCUUGGAGAAAGACUUCGGCGUGUAUGACAUUACCCUAGGAGCGAUGCCCGUCAGCAUCUUCCUGCUAGGGUACGCGGUUGGCCCCCUGUUUCUAUCGCCACUUUCCGAGAUAUAUGGUCGAAAUGUGAUUCUCAUAUCGGCCAACGUUUGGUUCUGUCUCUGGCUUGUCGGUUGUGCGCUCGCUCCUUCACUCAACACUCUGAUCUUCUUCCGCUUCAUGACCGGUGUUGGAGGCUCUGGGUGCCUAACGAUCUGCGGAGGUAUAAUUGCCGACAUAUUCCCCAUCACCGAGCGUGGAAAGGCCAUGACAAUCUGGAUGCUGGGCCCCAUCGUCGGUCCGACCGUUGCCCCUGUCAUCGGAGGCUUUGUGACAGAGACAAUCGGCUGGCGAUGGGUCAACUGGCUGACCUGCAUCCCAGCUGCUGUUGUCGUGGUGGCCAUGAUGUGUCUCAACCGCGAGACAAACCAUCGCGUCCUGAUUGCCUGGAAGACAGAGAAGCUGCGAAAGGAACUCGGCAUGCCCGAGCUUAGAAGCUGCUACGUUGAUCCAGAUGCUCCCGUCUUGAGCAAGAGACAGGUUCUGCUGCAGGGGCUGGUCCGGCCGAUGAAGAUGCUGCUGCGGUCACCAAACAUCUUUGGACUGUCGUUAUACAUUGCCUUUGUGUACGGGUGCCUCUAUCUCCUCUACAACACAAUUGCAACCGUCUUUGAAGGCACCUAUGGCUGGACGCUGGGCAUCACCGGUCUGGUCUAUCUCACGCUGUUGGUCGGGUACGCAAUCGGCCUGCUGUCGUUCGCUCUCCUUUCGGACAGCACCGUGAUCCGCAUGACUGCAGCCAACGGCGGUGUUUACGAGCCCGAGAUGCGUCUCCCGGACUGUAUCUGGUUUGCCUUGAUCCUGCCCACCGCAUUUUUCUGGUACGGCUGGAGCGCGGACAAGGGCGUUCACUGGAUUGUGCCCAUUAUCGGCAUCGCGCCAUUUGGCAUAGGGAUUGUCGGGGUUCAGCUGCCCAUUCAGACGUACAUCGUUGACGCGUAUCCGGAGUAUGCUGCCAGUGGACUUGCUGGAUUCUCCGUUAUGCGGAACACCAUCGCUGCCUUUCUGCCGUUGGCCGGGCCGCAGUUGUACAAGAAUCUGGGCGUGGGCUGGGGGAACUCGGUGCUUGGGUUCAUUGCGAUUGUGCUGAUACCGCUCCCGGUCUUGAUCUAUCGGUAUGGGAAAUGGCUGAGACUUCGGUUUCCCAUUCAGCUGUGA